CUGGACUUCCACAAACUGCUUUGUGAGAUGUGGGCGUCUUCCUCAGAUGAUUCACUGUGGGGGAGGAGGAGCGGCUCUCCUCCAGGCUCCUCCUGAUGAUGAAGCUCCUAUAAGAGGAGCCCCGGUGCACAGGUCGCUGGGACCAUCUGGGCCCAGGAGGGAACCGAUGAGGUGGAACCAUGAACCUGGAGUUCUGCAACCACAGAGAUGUUUCACACCAGGAGAUGUGAAGCUCUGGCUCUCUAGGACCAUGCAGAGGAGCUGCUGAACGCAAACACCUCCUCUGUAUUCACGGCACAUUCCUCCUCUGCUCCCUACACACUGAUGCUCCAUCCUCCUCCUCCUCCUCUGCAGGAGCGUCAUCCUGCAGCCACCCGACACCUGGGCGCCCUGCUGCCCGCCUGCCGCGCUCCCCUCUCCGCGUGUCGGAGCUCCGGAGCUCCUCGGCGGCUCUCUGCCGGCUCCCUGCCGGGCUCAGGGUGCUCUGAGGUCGGCCAGAGGACGGAGGACCUCCCUGUCAGAUGAAGGCUCUCAUUUCUCACCUCAGGAGGUCACCCUCUCACCUCUCUGACAGGUCACCCUCUCACCUCUCUGACAAACCCCUCUGAAGAGGACCAGGAGGGUGAUGCAGGGAGGAGGAGAGGAGGCAGAAACCUCCUCUCUGGGAGGAGGAGCGGGGGGCGUCUGCAGACACAACGGUCUCAUUAACACCAGCAGGCGGGGGGCGGAGCCUCGGGAGGCGCGGCUGUUCCAGGGUCACGCGGUGGUGGGUGCGUCCCCCCAGCAGGAGCGUGGCAGGGCUGCCCCCCAGCUCCUCAACCCCCGGACUCUCCUCCCCCACCAGGCAGCUCCAGAAGCUCUCCUCAGCCGGGCUGGCCUCCUCCUGUGCCCAGAAAGCAUCCUGCGAGUGUGGGGGGAGGCGGGGGGAGGCGACUGCUGUGAGACCACCUUCAUCGAGGGUCCCAACACCACCUCCUCCUCGGCUGCUGCUACCUGCUCCUCAAAGGAGGUGCUGCUGUUUUCUGACGGAAAGUUCCUGGAGUUUUCUGGAGAGGAAGGAAAGAUUCCCUCGUUGUCCUACGACAUCGAUGACGACGACGAUGAUGACAACUUCCAGGAGCUGGAGAGUGAUUACUCCAGUGAGUCUGAGAGCGAAGACGCCUUCCUGCUGUUGCCUCCCAGAGACCACCUGGGCCUGAGCGUCUUUUCCAUGCUCUGCUGUUUCUGGCCCCUUGGCAUCGCUGCCUUCUACCUGUCACAUGAGACCAACAAGGCGGUGUCUAAAGGUGACUUCCACCUGGCCAGCUCCAGUUCCAGGCGGGCUCUCUUCCUCGCUGUGCUGUCCAUCACCAUCGGAACCGGCAUCUAUGUGGGCGUGGCUGUGGCGCUCAUCGCCUACCUGUCCAAGAACCACCAGUGGUAACCGUGGCAGCAGUAACAGAGGUUACCUGGUCAGUUGGCGGUGGGCGGGGCCUGCUGAGCCCACUGGUGCUGCCAGUCAGAGCAGGUUUUGGCUAUCUGUGUUGGAACUGGACCCAUGGAGAAUCUCUGCUCCCGGGCCUCGUAUGUUUUCUAAUGGUUGUUUGGACUUUCUCUGUCUCGUCUGCUUGUUUGUGGUUUUACGGAUUUUCUCUGCAGGUUUUUGCAUCUUUUUAACUAACCGUCGUCGUGGCCCUCAGACAUCCGGAAUGAUUUUGUCUUCCAGGAGGAUGAAGGUCCAAGCAGAACCAGCAGGAUGUUUACAUGGAGCUCCAACAGAAGCACGUUUCUGUGGAGGAAAAAACUGGUUCUGGUCCAGAUGCAUAAGAAUAUAUCCAGACAUGUUCUGCUGAUUAUUACUGUGGUAUGUUUCUGAACCAGCUCAGUGUUGGGAUGCUGCUCUUAAUGGACGGUUCUGAUGGUCUCACUGAGGUGUUCUGGUUCCUCUGAUGAAAUAUUUGACUGUUCACUGGUUCAGUUUUCAUUCUACAGCCUCCAUCUCUAUAAACUCAGUCCAUUUGUUCUUGUCCCGAUGAAGUUCUGGUUCUGAUCCCAGAAGGGCCAAAUAAACUGAUUUCCUUCCUGA